UGUUUAUGGAAGAGAAUCUGAGGAUUUUAAACAAUUUCUGAACGAGUGUCCUUUUCCACAAUAUUGCAAAAGUAAACUUAUGGCUGAGGAAUUUUUGAGAAACAAUUUAGACAAUAAAAUUUCUGUUGUUAUUGCACGUGUUGGUCCAGUAUAUGGUGAAGGUGACCGGCGCUCAUUGGUCUGUGAUGCUCUUUUGGUUAAUAAAUAUUUUGGAUUUUUUCCUCGAAUUGGAAGUCAUAAGGAUAUGGGUGUACUUCAGUUUACAUAUGCUGGAAAUGUUGCUUUUUCUUUACUUUCGUGUGGCCAAAAGUUAAUGAAUUCUGAAAAAACUUCUUGUGAGACAGUUUUAAUUUGUGAUGAUACUCCUUUACAUGAUUUUUAUUCUUUAAUUCUGGAUGGGAUGUUGGAUUCAAAGAAGGUUGAUACUGGACACGAGGAAAUUACAAAAACAAGUACUUGGACAAUUCCUUUUUGGCUUAUCUUCUUUUCAUAUUUAUUUAUUUGUUGGUUGGUUCAGUUAAUUACAAAUAUUUCCAAUUUGCAUUUGAGUCUUAAUUAUUUGCCAUCUCCAAAUCUUAUUUAUCUUCUUUUGCGCCAUUGGACUUUUUAUUCUGGUUAUAAACUUCGAGUAUUUUUUGACGUUAAACCUUUUUAUGAUUGGGAGACUUGUUUGAAACGUUCUCAACUUUAUUAUACAAAUUUGAAGACUGAGGAUAUUGAAGGGCCUUCUUGGCUUCCCUCGACAAUUAAAAUGACAAAUUAAUUUAUUGAAUACUCUAUAGUAUAAUUUAUUAUUAUUUUUUAUAUUU